AAGUAAAAUCGAAUAUCCCGCCGACAACGAUGCUGGACGCAAGGGAAAUGGUGCCCUUGCUGGCCAUCCUCAAUGAAGAUGAGAAGUCCCUCGAGGCUGUCGUGUCCCUGUUCCUGCGGUCGUUCACGAAAAACGACCACUUUAAGGUGGGCUGCAUGAUCUGCUUGCUCGUGGUCGACAACCUGCUGACGAACGCACAACGCAUCGUGGGCUUUACGAUCCUGAGCGAAGUGUUUCGCAACGAAAACAACACCAACCCGUUCUUCCCAUGCCUCGUGGAAGCGGUGGACGCGCCGCUGGUCGACCCCGCGGAGAAGCGGUUCCUCCUCCACCUUCUCUCUCGUAUGAGUUUGAGCGGUAACUCUUCCGAACCGAGCAAGAAGCACAUGAACGCCAAGCAGGUGCUGAAUUUCUUCCGCAAUGAACCCAAGGCGGCGUCCAUCAACCUCGACCUGGACAAGCAACUGUACGUCGAGAAAACCCCCCGUGUUCCCGAACGCCGCGCCCAAGGCGUUCGCGGUGUGUUGUCCCAUUCACCGCUGGAAUUCCAGGAACAUGGCAACCACAACCUCCUCCUCGCGCCGUCCGACAUCAGCGCCGUCAACACGGACGACGAGGCGCCGCUGAACGUUCAGGACCUGCAUCUCGACACGUGCACCAUGCUGAGCGUCGACCCGUCGUUCGUGCGGCCUCCUCCGAGCAUCCUCGAGCCCGACGUGACCGAAUUCAUGUGGCUGAACCCAGAUUACUGCCCCACGUUGCUGUGGGACACUGCCAUGUACGAAGAAGUGGACGUCGACUGCGGGCGCGAGUUGCGGGACCUCAUGUCCAAGGCCUUCCACGGUCCGUUGGUGCCGUCGCAGCAGCAAAAGGUACUGGCCGACUUGGACGCGGACCCGAAGCUCGUGUACUCGUGCCAGCUGACGCCGACGCGGCUGCCCGACCUGGUCGAGAACAACCCGAUGAUCGCGAUCGAGUGUCUGCUCAAGCUCAUGUCGUCGAACCAGAUCACCGAGUACUUGUCGGCGUUGGUGAAUAUGGACAUGUCAUUGCAUUCGAUGGAGGUGGUGAACCGGCUGACCACGGCGGUGGAGCUACCGACUGAGUUCAUCCACUUGUACAUAUCCAACUGCAUCUCAUCGUGUGAGAACAUCAAGGACAAGUACAUGCAGAGCCGCCUCGUGCGCCUCGUGUGUGUCUUCUUGCAGUCGCUUAUCCGCAACAAGAUCAUCAAUGUGCAGGUACAUAUCACUAACAUUUGACGACCAACCUCGGAUCCCGUUUUGUUAGGACUUAAUUAUUGAAGUACAAGCGUUUUGCAUCGAGUUUAGCCGGAUUCGAGAAGCGGCGGGGCUGUUUCGGUUGUUGAAAACGUUGGAGUGAUAGGAAUACAAAAAAAAGUGCCAAACAACGUCAUAUAUCUCGUGGUUGUCUUAUGCAUGAGGAUGUGCCGCCGUGGCCUUGGUGCUCUCCUCCAGGUACAAGCGCAUGGCAAAGAGGCCGUCGGGGGUGAACUCGUCGGCGCGCGCGAUGAUGUCGGACGCGGACAUGACGAGCACUUGCGACACUUCUUCGGGCUGCAACGUCAAUGCGCCGUCGUAUACGCACUCGAACAUGCCGCCCCACACAACCGUACUUGCAUCCUACGAUCAAAGAUAUGUUGGCGAAGGUGAUGAGCAUAGAACGAGGGAUGGAUGCAUCGAGACUUGGUAGAAGAACGUGCACACAAACGUUAGCGGGACGCCUGACACGCCCAUCUCCUCUUUGACUUCACGAAGCGCAUUGUCUUCGUAACUUUCGCCGGCUUGCACGACACCACCGGCCAUCGGGUCGAGGAAUCCAGGGCAGUAGUCCUUGAUCAACGUCCGCCGCUGCACGUAAAAGUCCCCCCUACCGACGAGCAUUGGUGAGCCACACCCGCGCAAAUCAAGCUGGUUUCGCACGCGCUGUUUCGAAU